AGACUUGUAGAUAAAAGCUUAGUGACUAAAUGAGACUAAACCUGUACGUUCAAGCUUCCAAAUAUCUCAGUGACAGUCUGGUUAACUCAAACCAAGCAGACAAAGCAGCCUGCUGAAGAAGCAAAUAAAUCGGCUGAUGUCCCCGAGAUGGUGCUGCCAACAGCGUCCGCAGAGUCUUGAAGGGCUCCUUCUCUUCCAGUGGCACAGUCUCUUCAACUAGGGUGGUUUGCAGCUGUUCGUACUUAAAAACAAGCAAGCAAGCAAACAAACAAACCUCAGUCACUUCCGAUCUCGCAGUCUUUACUUGGAGGGUGAGCCCAGCCCGCAGCAGCGAGGGGCUGGGAUGGCUGGCUGAGCUCAGUCUUUUUUCGACAGUGACUUUUGCUCAAACGCUUUGUUUUUCGGAACCUGCGUUUAAUCAGCACCUCUUACCUGCGCCGGGGCGGGGCGGGGACGGGGGAUGGCCCUGCCCUGCCCCGGGGCCACCUCACCGUCCUGGGGACGCCCAGGUUUGCAGGCGGCAGGCGAGGGAAGGAGAGGCGUCGCUGGGAGGAGCCGUCCGUGCCGGGGCAGUGGCGCCGCCGUCCCGCGGCUGCCGGGGCUGUCGGGGAGGCGGCAGCGGGGCUCCCCCGCCCCCGCGGAGCAGCUGCCCCUCGGCACUGAGCCUGGCGGGUCACCCUGCCCGGGCCGGCGGUCCCUGCACCGCCCAGGAGCCACAGCCCCUUCCAAGGGAAUCAUUCCAGGAAUACGUCGCAAUUUAAAUGAAGAGUGUUGGAAAAUGAUUUCUGCCGUGCCCGCUGAGGGAUGCCAGCGUUUCACAGAAACACGGCUAUCGUGAGAGUCGCAGUACUGUCACUAUAACCCGACGGGGCUAACCCAGCUCUUCCACACUGACUAGGGUGAAACUUUAUGGACAUGGCUUCGCAUACCUGGAAUUUUUUUUCCCCUCUGGAAAAUCUGGGCAAAGAUCACUAGAGCUGGUCUGUCCUGAAUGAUAAAGCUCCAUAGGUCGAUUGAGUGCUCAAGAUGUGGACAGAAUGGCUGGGAAAAGGGAGAAAUUUAGCUGUUUAUCAUGGCAGAAUGUGGGAAACAUGACAGCAAAAACACUGUUUUCAUGUAACAUUGCAACAGCAUUUCUGUCUUUAAUUAUUGCAAAGAAAUGUGAAGCCUAUGAUGUGAUGUUGAGGCAAAGUCUUGUGCUUGAUGGGCAGCCUCUUGCUAUUAAAUGUUCACUGGAAAAGAGCUUGAAAAGUGGAGACUACAACUUAACAUGGUAUAAAGUUGGAAACCAGACAGCUGUGCCUAGAGACAAACUGUCUAGAAUUCAUCAGGAGAAGAAUUUAAUUUGGUUUCUUCCUGCAAUGUUAGAAGAUUCUGGAGAUUAUGAAUGUGUCAUAAGAAAUUUGACAAGCUGCAAGAAAAUGUGUACAAAAGUAACAGUUUUCAAGAGGAUUGAUGGUUUAUGCUUAAAUGAAAAAUUUGCUGUAGAGGAGGUGAUAUUCACAUCAUCAUCUGCAAAGGUUGUGUGUCCGCACUUGGAUUAUUUCAGGAAUGAGAAGAUUAUUCAGCCUGUUCGUUGGUAUAAGGACUGCCAGCUGCUGGAAGGAAAAAGGUUUGCCCUCUCAAACCGUGACCUUAUAAUUUUUAAUGUGACUGUACAUGAUCGAGGAAACUAUACGUGUGAAACAGCAUAUACCUACAAUGGGAAACAAUAUAACAUUUCACGAGACAUCAGUCUGAUUGUAGAAGUGACCCCACCAAAAAAGCCUCCAGAAAUAUUUUACCCAAGAAACAACUCCAUUGAAGUGGAACUCGGCUCACAGGUUACUGUGGAUUGCAAUACAACAGGUGCUGAUGGGUAUGAGGUGUAUUGGACAGGCAACGGUGUGUAUAUUGAUGUAUUUUAUAUGAGCAGAAUUUUUGCAAGUCCCUAUGAGGGAGAAACUUCUUACGAUGGGCGCCCCAUGCAUUCUGUGAAGCUAAUAAUUUCAGAAGUGAGCAGUGAAGAUUAUGAGCAGCCAUUUGUCUGUCAAGCUUCAAAUGCCUUUGGGCAAGUUGCAUCCUAUAUUAUAAUAAAACACAAAGUUCCCGAUAUACAAAGAUGGCUGACUGGAGGGCUUGUGUCUUUGUUAAUUUUAACAUUUAUUACUUUAAUAAUCUACAAGAUGUUCAAGAUUGAUUUGAUGCUUUGGUACCGUAAUUCUGUCUGUGCCCUUACAAGUAAGGAAGAUGGUAAAAUCUAUGAUGCAUAUGUCCUGUACACAAAAAGCAGCGAAGGCAGAAGUGUCUGUUGUCUGGAAACCUUUGUUCGUAGAAUACUCCCAGAUGUUUUAGAAAAACAGUGUGGAUAUAACCUUUUCAUAUUAGGAAGGGAUGAUUUACCAGGAGAAGCUGUGGUCAGUGUUGCUGAUGAAACCCUUAAGCAAAGCAGAAGACUGAUGAUUAUUUUGGGAUCAGAAACAUCUAGCUGCUGCCUGUUAGAAGACACCUCUGAGCAACAACUAGCUAUGUAUAAUGCUCUCAUCCGUGAUGGGAUUCAAGUGAUUCUUAUAGAAAUGGGUGAAAUACAGGACUACACAAUCAUGCCGGAAUCAAUCAGAUACAUUAAGCAAAAGCAUGGAGCUAUCCAAUGGAAAGGGGACUUCUCAGAGAAAUCUUGUUCAGCAAAUACAAGAUUCUGGAAAAAUGUGCGCUAUCAAAUGCCAUCCAGGAAAAAGGUACCUUAUUCUGAAGUGUAUUUGUUGCCCUUAACUUCAAACAGUUCUGCAGCAAAAGGAAAUUAAGAAGCACUUAUUUAAAUAAUAAUGAGAAAGUAGUUCUGAAUUGGGAUGUUUCUUUCACAGUCUUUAUAUUACAAAGUAAAUGUUUUCUUUGAGGAGUAAAAACUUCUCAUCCCUUCCAUAAAUUACACCCUAAUAAAAACCUCUGUGCAACUUUAUUUCUGUUAUGGAUUUUGGAUAGUGACACAAUUUGUUAUGUUAGUCUCCAUCAGAUAUUAGAAGUAAACAUGGUGAUGUUUUAGGCUAUUAACUAGUUGUGGUCCACAUAAAUGUUGUAUGAAGAAACAGCUAUGAAGUCCCUUCUUUAAAAAUUAAAAAUGCAGUUGAUAAAUUAAAAGUCUAUUUCUGUCAUCAGCA